AUGAUUGAACUUUCAGCAAAGUUGACUACAGGUACCGUUUAUUUGGCUGGUGAAGCAUUAGAAUGUUGCAUUACAUUUUGUCAUACUACACAACCGGAGCACAGAAAUUCACAAAGUCACAGUGAUAUUCUAGAAAAUUUGGCAUGGGCUUCUGCUCAAAUACACUGUUUCUACUCGACUUCAGGUAACUCAGCCGAUAAGUCUGUUACUGUUGAAAAAACAACUGCUCUGGAAGUAACAUCAUGUGAUAUUGGAGAUGUAGUCUUUCACACUAAACCCAAAAUAUUAUUUUGUGACCUAACAAUUCCACUAGGUGAAUCUAAAACAUUUUGGUAUAGAGAAUCACUGCCGAUAGAAGCUGCACCAUCAUAUAGGGGGACAGCAGUAAAGUAUUCAUACAAAAUAACAAUAGCCACCCAAAAAGUUGGCUCACACAUAAAAAUGGUGAGAAUACCAUUCAGAGUAUUACCCAUAAGUCCGAUUAUGAAUAUGCAAGACUUGGCAGCACUCUGUGGCAAUGAGACAACUGAGGAAUUGCAGCCAACAAAUCCAUUUUCUGAAGAAAGAAAAGUUGAAACACCAUUAACAAUGGCUCUACAAAUCUUACAAAAUCUUACAGCCCGAAGGAGUCCAAAUUCAUAUAUGAUAACUAACACCAGAGGGAAGGUUGGAAGAUUCUGUCUUUUUAAAUCUGCUUACAAAUUGGGAGAAGAUAUAGUUGGAACAUUUGAUUUUUCUGUAGGCACCGUGAGAUGCAUGCAGGUCUCCGUUUCACUACAACCAGAAGAAAUAGUGAAAUCUCACAAUGCAACAAAGAAUAUGAGCAAGGACACAAGUAGUAGAUCAAUGACAGUGGCGAGGUACCAUGAAGUCACUCUUGGAUUAACACAUUCUGAGCUCAUACUCCCAAUUCCACUGCAUAUCACCCCAGCAUUUGAUGUAAAUGAAGUGUCACUGAGAUGGCGUCUGCAUUUCGAGUUUGUGACUACAAAUGAAAACCUUUCCCCAAAUCCAGAUGAAAUGGAUUGGAAUGCACCACUCAAUGUACCCAUAGAGACUAUGGUAUGGAAUCUUCCUGUGAAAAUUUAUUCUACAUUACCCAAGCAAAUAACACAACAUUCAGUGGGCAGUGAUGCUUAUACAUUAUGCAUUAAG